CCAACACCCCCUAAACAAGCGAAAAAAAUCAACAUAGUUCAUUUAUUUCAAAUGAUUUCGCUGCUGCAAAUGAAAUUCCAUGCGCUUUUGUUGUUGCUAUCAAAAGUCUGGACAUGCAUCUGUUUCAUGUUCAAUCGCCAAGUGCGAGCUUUUAUCCAGUAUCAACCGGUUAAAUAUGAACUCUUCCCGCUGUCACCCGUCUCGCGGCAUCGCCUGAGCCUGGUGCAGCGCAAGACCCUCGUUCUGGACCUGGACGAAACGCUCAUCCACUCGCAUCACAAUGCGAUGCCCAGGAAUACGGUCAAGCCGGGCACGCCGCACGAUUUCACCGUGAAAGUGACGAUCGAUCGGAAUCCAGUGCGCUUCUUCGUACACAAGCGACCGCAUGUGGACUAUUUUCUGGAUGUGGUCUCGCAGUGGUACGAUUUGGUGGUCUUCACGGCCAGCAUGGAGAUUUACGGAGCGGCGGUGGCGGACAAGCUGGACAACGGACGGAACAUCCUCCGAAGGCGAUACUACAGACAACACUGCACGCCCGACUACGGAUCUUAUACCAAGGACCUGUCGGCCAUCUGCAGUGACUUAAAUAGGAUAUUCAUCAUUGACAAUUCGCCCGGGGCCUAUCGCUGCUUCCCCAACAAUGCCAUACCCAUAAAGAGUUGGUUCUCCGACCCGAUGGACACGGCGCUGCUGUCGCUGCUGCCCAUGCUGGAUGCGCUGAGGUUUACGAACGACGUGAGAUCGGUGCUGUCGCGGAAUCUGCACCUGCACCGCCUCUGGUAGCAGGUGGGCCGCCUGUCGCUAGUGUAGUUUAUCUAUUUAGAAGGAGGAGGAGGAGGAGCAGAGAAGUGAGAGUGGGCAAGCGGAGGAUACCUUCUGAAAUUAACAACAAACAUGGUGGUGCUGUGACACAUUAACGAAUUUUUUCAUUAUUAUUAUGUUUACCAUUCAGUCAGAUUCAGAUGGGCGAAGAGAAACACACACAGAGAUGGUGGAGAAAGUGGAGGAGUUAGCGGAUAGGUUGGGAGAUCUGGAAAUCUAUUGAUUUUUUUUCUUUUUGUGUAUUAAGAUUUAAAGUUUUUGUAACAUGCAUAUUUGUCGAUAUAUGUAGACCAGCUAUUUUUAUUAUUAUUUACCUUUUUUUUUGUAAUUUUUUUCGUUUGUUCUUUGUGCGUGUAUAUUUUUUGAUGAUAAUAUCAAAUGGAAACUCUUGAACACAGUAUAUAUAUAUAGAGAGAGAGAUGAGAAGAAGUGAAGUUAAGCAGAAAGUGAAGUAAACAACAUUAAGAACAAAUUUGUCAAGUUAUAUAUCAUAUUAUUAUAAAUUAAAUCUAAGGCCCACUUACAACAAGAGUCUUGUAAUUUCUAUAUACCAUGAUUACAAUUAAUUAUUAUGAAAGUGAAAUUGUUUUUUAUGAAGAUACGACGAGACGCGAAGCAAAAAUACUUAUAAUUAUACAAAUUAGUUGACUACGAAACUUUCCUGGACAUCAUUAUAUUAUGGAUAAUUAUUAAAUGUAACCGAUUCUGUAUAGACUUAUACAUAUAUAUAUGUUCUGCCCUCGUUUCCUGUACAAAACAAAACGGACGGAAGAUCUUUCAAGAGUUUCAUUGCUUGCAAACCAAACAUAACACUUUUCUAAGGAUAAGAUUUUUGUCUUUCGAGGGAGUUAUAUACAUUUAUAUACCUAUAUAUAUAUACAUAUAUAUAUAUACCUAAAACUAAGCAACAACUAUGAACUACUAUUAAAGUAAACAACAACCAACAACAAGCAAGCAAGUGAAGAAGGCAAAAGCAAAAGUUAUAUUUUGUAAGGCGAGCCAACAACAAGUAGCAAAGAACAUUAAAAAUCCCAUUAAUUCUGAUCGGAUCGGAUCGGAUCAGAUUAAUGUAUGUAGCAAUGGGCCGCAGACUGGGACAGAUAGUAUAAUAUAUAGGGAGUUUAGAGAGCCAAAUCACUAAUUAUACGAGAACCGAGUUAGUCUGAGAAUUGAGAAAUCGUGGCACAUCAUCCGAGAGGCAUCACAGGAUAUUCAGAGGAAGGCAGCAAAAGAUUAAAAAUAAAAAAGAAAGGCGAGAGAGAAAGAGUAACAAGUGAAAACUGCUUCCAUAGUUAAUGUUAUUUCCAAAAGCAUAAAUACACACCACUCUAAACUAAACUAAUCAACAAGAAUGCUUGCACACGCCCCUUUACCUUAACAUUUACCUUUACCUUUACCUUUUACCCACCCCUACCUACCAAACACCCAAAACUACCCUAUCCAAUUGUUCUUUUUAUCUAUCGUAUUGUAAAUUUACAACAAUCACUAUUUGUUUAUUUAUUGCAAGGAAAACGAGAAUAAUACGUGUAUGCGAUGUUGUUAAUUUUAAGUAGUUUGUAGCAAAUUUGUUAAAAUGAAACGUAAAUGAAAUAAAUGAGAAAGGGAACACAAAAGCAGAAAAACAAUUACAAAAAAUACAACAAAAUCAUGCAAAAUCAA